AUGGCGGGGAUGUUCCCUCGCAUCAGCAGGGAAAGCAAGGCCCGGGCAGCUGUCGGCCGUGCAGAAGCAGAGGUUGGGAUCCCAAGCAGGCAGAUGGUGCAGCAGUACUUCUCGCGUGCAUGGCUGACAAGCUUCAGCCCCACGGAGUGCAGUGCCGUGAUUACGGCUUGUGGCAAUAAGAAGCUCUGGCCAAAGGCUCUGGGAGCCUUGGCUUGUAUGCAGAGUGCCAUUUUGGUACCUGACGUUGUGAUUUGCACGGCUGCCCUCGUGGCCUGUGCCAGAAGCGAAGAGGCAGAAAGGGCCCUUUCGCUUUUCGAGAAGAUUCCUGAGCUCCAAGUCCAGCCAUCGGAGGUGACCUACGGUGCUGCCAUCCAGGCCUGUUCCCGCUGCAGUCGCUGGCAAAGGGCGCUUCACCUCCAGACAUUUCCCGACGCCCGGAAUUCCUUCGGAGCCUCUUCAGCUGUGGGUGCAUGUGGAAACGCUGGACACUGGAACAUCGCCCUCGAAUUGGCCGAGUCCAGAAGUGCCACAACGGACUUCGUCUACAAUGCUGUGAUCAGCGCGUGUGCAAACAACAGCCAGUGGGGGCGUGCCUUGAGUUUACUCGCCAACAUGGCCUCUCAGCUGAUUCUUCCUGACAUUGUGAGCUACAGCGGGGCCAUGACUGCCUGUGAAAAGGCCAGCGCGUGGUCGGUUGCAGUGGCUUUGUAUGCAUCCAUGAUGUCCAACAUGACAAGUCGCACUUUUGUCAAGUUUGUCAGCCUCGUGAGCCUUGUGACUUCUGUGCGAGAGGAGAAAGCUGGUGCAUGGCAAUAUGCCAUGCUGGUGUUCGACACCAUACAGCAGCUUGCCAUGGUGCCAGACACCAUUAGCCUGAAUGCCGUUCUCAGCGCCAUGGAGAAGAGUCAACGCUGGACGCAGGCUAUCCGAUUGCUUUCCCAAUCCCAGAUCAGAGCAGAUGUCAUUUCGUACAAUGCCGUGCUAAGUGCGAGCGGUGGAGCUGGGAGGUGGACACAAGCCUUGUGCACGCUGAACGAGAUGCAGGUGGUCCAGCUGGCACCAGAUCUAAUCACCCACAGUGCCGGCAUCAGUGCCUGCGCCAAAGCCAAGAUGUGGCAGAGUUCAUUGCUGGUUUUGGAACGGCUUCGCGCAGCUCGCCUCUUCACCGCAUCGAAGUACAUUGCCACCGACCAGAGGUUGGCACCUCAGUGCUUCAGAUGCGACUUGCGACUGUGCCGGGACUCACAGUGCACCAAGGAGAUCGCAUACAAUGCAGCUGUGAGUUCUUGCGAAGACACAUGGCAGUGGAGGGAGUCUCUGGAGCUGCUUGCAGCACCACUGUCUGCACUGUUGCAUGGAGGAUUCCGUGCAGGUCCAGUGUUGAGCCUUUUGUACUCCGGUUGGUGGCCGCACAAUCUAGCACCAGGCAAUGGCUCGCGACAGCUUGGUGCCAAAUAUUCUGAAUCUGAAUGCGGCGGUCAGUUCUUGCUGCAAGGGGACCCGGGACCUCUCCUCGUUGCCUGGGCGGCCGGUGCCGCCACAGCUUUGCUGCUCACAAGGUUGAUUCCGCAAGCUGGCGGUUUACCAGUUGGCCCAGAUGCUGAGUUGUGCACGCCUUGCCAAGGCCAUGAAGCCGAAGAUGAGAAUCCGACUCACAACGUCUCCGAGCCCCGGUCUCGACGUGCGAGCAAGGUUUCUGCGGCGACUACAGAUGCUAGGGCUACUGCCGCUACGGAUCUACAGGGUUCUCCUGUGAGAAAGCCGGAUCGCACACAGGCCAAGCGGGAGCUUGUGUGUGCAGAAGCUCUUGCUUGGAUCCGUGGUGUGGGGACCUUUCCAUCCGAGUCGAUCAUCCUCACAUCCUUGCCGGACAUAUCGGAGGUCGUAGAAUUUGCUCCUCGAUUUGAAGACUGGGAGGCAUUCUUCAUGGAUGCUGUCCACAGCAUCUUGGAGGCGUUGCCUCAAGGUGGCGUGGCCGUUUUUUACCAGACCGAUGUUCGCCUGGCGGGGAUUGGCCAGAUCAGCAAAUCGUAUCUGGUCCUGCAUGCCGCCAGCAGGGUACCAGGUGUGCGCCUGAAGUGGCACAAGAUUGCUCAUUUUGGGACUGUGGAUCAGCCGACGUGGAAUGCCAUCCAGUUUACGCACCUGCUAUGUUUCGCAAGAACGGGUCUUCCUCGAGUUGGGGUUGGCGCUGAAACAGAUCUUGUUGCGGAUCUGGGAAGCACUCUGCCAGAUAUAUUAGAGAGGGGAUCAAAGCCCCGUCUCCGAAAGGGUGCUUGCUGCAUGGGUGUACAUGCAACUGCAUCCGUAUUGAAGUGGGCUCUUCGCCGGCUUCCAGGCAUCCGAACAGUGAUAGAUCCCUUCUGCGGUGCGGGCACAGUGCUGGCCAUUGCGAACGAGUAUGGCCUGGAUGCUGUCGGUGUCGACAUCUCGCCAAAGCGAAUCAAGCAGGCGAAGCAGCUGGACGGUGCUGCUCUUCUGGCAUCUGGUGCGCAGGCGCGUGAGUCUCGAGCUUGA